UUGACUUGCUGAGUGGACUAAAGAUGGGGGAGCAAGGUGAUUGGCUGGAGGCUAACAGAGGAGACUGGGCGGCCAUCUUGAAUUCCCAGACCCAGACCGGUAGAGCCAAGGGCCCACGGGACAACAUCACAGAGCAUGCCAGGACCAGAAGCGACAAAGUGGAGUCUGCAGUCCAUGAGGACCUGCUGAUAUCCAGUGUUGCUGGUGGGAGAGACUGGAGCUCAGAGGUGGCUGGUCACAAAGCCUGGCCCCAGAUCAGAACCCAGGAUCAGGAGCCUUCGCUCUUCCUUCCCGAGUCGGAACCAAGACCGAACCAUGAGAGACAGAGACUCCACCACACAGAACACAGCCAGUGGAUAGGUGGACUGAACAACAGUCCUGGUGGUCAUCAGAGUGACAGAGGCUCCAGUCAGGGAUCCAGUCUGCAGCCCAGACACUUCUCUUCACAGUCUCAGUACAGGGAUGAAGCAGGGCCUGGGGCUGAUAGAGAUCGACCCUCCUGUUCCUAUGAUACAAACACCACAGUAUCCAUGAUGAACAGAGCAGGUCAACCUGGGCUUCAGCCUUCACAGAGAGUGGUGGGAGACCCCCCUGGUGGUAGUCUAACUGGAAGUCUGUCUUCUCCUUCAGGAUCUCGUCUAAUGCCUGGUGACUGGGUUCAUAGAAAGCCUGGGGCUGAACCUGGGUCUAGCCUUCCUCAGUUACCUCAUGGUUACCCCACCAAUACAGACAGGGUCAGGAUGGGCUUUCACCACAAGCACUACCUAGCCUCUAACACAGUACAGAAUCCCAACAACAACCAAACAAUGGCUAGAGGUCAAGGAGGGAGCUCAAAGACUAACCACCUGAGGGUGGCUCCUGCUUCUACCUCCUCUGGUGUCAUUGGGUCACAACGUGGGAGGCUGAGCAUUAGGACGGACGCCGACAAGCCAUACACCUGCCCCACCUGUGGGAGGCGCUUUGCUAAAGCGAGCUAUGUGAAGAUGCACCAGACCGUUCACACCAAGGAGAGGCCCUUCAAGUGCAAACUAUGUUACAAGAGCUUCUCCUUCCUGACUAACCUCAUCAGACAUAGGAGUGUACACAAUGGGGAGAAAUCGUAACAGUGUGGCCUGAGAUGUACACCGGGGAUACCUGGGAACCAUUCUUUAGCUGACAUAUUAUAGUUAUGUGAAGUGUCUUUGGGUAAGAGAGUAACCACAUACCCCUCAUUAACCCUUUGUUAACUUGUCAUUUGAAACAGGCUGGUGUAAAUACCUGUUUUUAGAGAGACAGUAAACCUAGGCUAGAACAAGGACAGUUUAAUAUUUACCUUACUGAGGUGAUGUAGAUCGAAUAAAGUAAUUAUAUUUUCUACUCUAUUCUUGCUAACGCUGUUCUUUCUAAACAAAUCUGCUCUGAGCUUGAAAGAUGGUGAUCAUGAAUAGGAGAUUUGAUGUGUAAUGUAGUAAGCAGUACCGUAUUUCAAAGAACAGCAUGCACACCUUUUUCAUUUAACCACACCCUUUGAGCUAUGACGCCAACCAUUAAGUAUGAGGCGUUAUACGUGCCUAUACCUCGACUGUAACAUGUAAUAUUCAACUGAUAAGGCAAUGCCGCAAUAGUGAUUAUUGGAAGAAUUGAACCGCACAUGCAACGAGAACCAGAAGCACCGACUGCUAGCGGAGAAGAGUGGAUGAUUGUAAGUGCAAACUUCUUUGGAAGACUGUUGUGGAGGUGGAAGGGGGGGGCACAAAGCUACAGCACAGACAGCUGUGGAAGCUAGCUACAGAUUGUUACACCCGAUAAUGUGAUGUAACCAAAGAUUGUUGUUAUCCAUUACUGGGAGUUACAGGUUUGGUGUAGCACAGAGAAUUUUCGACCAACCCUAACUUGGCGAUACUAUCUUCGUUUUUGAUUCAGCCAAACAGAGGCCGUAAAGCAAAAAACUUAAGUCUGUCUCAGAUCGAUGGUCUGGGGCCAAGUUAACCUCCCCUUUCAUGUAAGAAAGUCAUGAACAUCAUGCUUUUAGGGAAAGAUAAUCAUUUUGUACAUGUAUUAAACUGCGAGUUUGAGAAUUUUUAUGUGGAAGGAGUGAGAAGCUCAGUUCAGGUGAAUUUUUAAAAUAUUCUUCAAAAUGAAGGGUUUUUGAUUGGCCCAGAAACCGGUGGGUUGGGCCAGAGCCAGAACACACGUUGGUAAAGCGGCAGUUUGAAAAUGUGUAAUUGGCUUUUGAUACUGUGAUUGAUUAGAGACGAUCCAAUCGCUGAUUACUUUGUUUAGUACAACGCCCCUCGUGCCCCUUGUCACCACAUAUGACUUCAAUGAUGACAGUCUCAGACCAAAGUGUGUAGCGAACGACAGAGCAGCGGAAGAAUUUAGUGAGUCGUCAGGCUACAUGCAUAUAGCCUAUGCCUGGUCUAUAUUAUCAGGUGUGCUAUUAGCAAUAAGCAUUAUCACCUGUAGCCCAACUGAUGCAGCCUAGUGGCUAUAAAAUGAACAUAGGCUGAUCCUGGGGUUUGUUCAUCUGCAUUUACCCCAUUGGACACAACAUCAUGAUUGUUAUUAAUUAUUAUUUUAAUAUAAAUAUAUAACUAAUUAGGUUCUCCCAUCUCCACAGAGGAACGCUGGAAGGGGGGCGGUUUCUAAUACAAAAUAUGUCAUUGCCCUUUUUAAGAUGCCAUUGUCCCUUUAAGAGGUCUGUUGCGGGCAGCUGUGCCUAAACCAUGCUUGAAACUCCAGUUCUAACUGCAUUUGUACACUGAACAAAAAUGUAAAAUGCAACAUGUAAAGUGAGAAGGGCUUACCAAGAAAAACGUCCAAAAGGACUAAUUCGAUAUAAAAAGCACUCAACAAAAAAAAGGCAGAGAUUGAUUUCUUCUUGCUCACUUUAAUCCAUUGUACAGGAUACGGACAGGUGACUGACGUUUUGACGUCAAGCUGACGUCUUCCUCAACAUGUAAAGUGUUGGUCCCAUGUUUCAUGAGUUGAAAUAAAAGAUUUCCGAAAUGUUC